AUGUUUGAUCGUACUAAAAAAUUUGUUGAUGUUGAUGGUUUUAAAAUUGAUCUUUCAACAGAAUUUGGCCAUGGGGCAUUUUCCAGAUGUUAUAGAUGCAAAAAUCCAGAUUAUUAAAUGGAUCAAUGUGUUAAAGUAAAUGCCAAUCCUAACCUAGAUGAUUUAGCUAUCCUAAAAUUCAGUUGAUAUGUAUUAUAGGGAAAUAGAAAUUGUUGAGAAGCUCAUAUAAACCGAUUGCGAGAAUCUUGUGAAGAUUCUUCAUGUCAGCAAGUAGAAAAACUAUUGCUUUAUCUUUAUGGAAUAUUGCCAUUAAGGAGACCUAUAGAAAUUUCUAAUGAAAUUCUAAUAAAGUAAUGGUUAUUUAGGAAUAAAUAUGAUUUUAUCAAUUUUGGAAUAACUUAUACAAGGCUACAAGGUGCUUUACCAAAAUAGAAUUAUUCAUAGAGAUAUAAAACCUGCUAAUAUAUUUCUUGGGAACAUUGGAGUAUUUUAGGUAAUAUCAAUGGCUAAUCUAGCUUGCUGAUUAUGGAGCGGGAAGAAUCUUAGACAAUCCCGAAGAGUUACUUAUGAGAAGUGGAAUCGGAACUCCAGUUUACGCUGCUCCCUAGGUAAAUCUAGGGGAAGAUUAUACCAAUAAAUGCGAUGUUUAUAGUGUAAUAAAAAUAAUUAAAAUAUAGCUUGGUGUAGUAAUUUAUGAAAUGAUCUAUUCAAAAUAUCCUAUAUAUGCUGCCUCGCUUGAUUAAUAUUUUGAAGCUUUAAAAAAAACAAAGGAUAAGAAAAUAUAAAUAACUGAAUUUCCAAAAAAUCUAGAAGGAACGCCUUAGGAAAAAGAAAAAUUGUUUUAAUUUUUAAGUUAAUCCUUAAUUUAUGAUGAAUCCUCUCGAAUAAGUUGGGAAGAGUUGUUCGAAAUGUUCCCAAGCCAAAAUUCUAAAAUUUCAUCUGAAUCAAACACAAAGGAAAAUCAAAUCUCAGAAUAAAGAUCUAAUGCUUCUUAUAAAGAAAAAGUCAAAUCCCAAAUUUCAAUUUCUAACGACAACCUCCAAAGUACAAUUGAGAGUGAUCUCCAAAGUUCUUGUAAAAUGUUUCAAUAGAGUUCCAUUAUGUUUAAUCAAUUUAUCUCAGAGCUAAUAGAAGAUUAGGAGAAGAAGGAUAUGCCUGUGAAGUAAAUCUCCAGCAAUUUCGAGGGUGAUUCAUAGAUAUAAUCUUAAAUAACUGAUAAUAUUUUAAUGAGGUUUAUAGAGUGUUAUUUAGCGAAGUGUACACUUUUUGCUGAAAAUUUGUUCUUUAAAAAUAACAGUUUCCUUGAAUUUUUAGAAAAUAUUGAUAAUCGUGAUCUUUAUAGGCAAUAUAUAUCUCGUCUUUACUACUAUCUAUUGUUACUAAGUGGAUAUCAAUUUUCAUGCAUUUUCAAUAUAUAUAAUUUAAUGUUUUAAAGUCAAAAGUAUUGGGAUGAAUUAGAAAUAACAAAGUAAUUAAGUUAAAUAGAUAAAAAUUUUGUUGAAAAUUAAAUAGAGUUACUUUUAAAGGAUAAAACCGAAGAAUUACGUGUUCAAAAGAAGUUCAUUAAACAGCUAUACAUCUAAUCCAAAUUAACUUUCCAAGUAAAUAAUAUUUUUAAUUAUUAUAGAGAUUAGAGAGAAAAGUUGAAGAUUAUCAAAAAAAAUAUAAUAUUAACUUUUACUUAGAAGAAAUACUAAGCAAUUAAUUUUCGCCAAAAUAAUAUUACAAUUAAUACAAAAAAACAUUUAUUGAGUUAAAUUCUGGUUAUUCCUUUGAAGAUGAAAGCGAAUUUCUGAUGGAACACAACAUAUAUCAUUUAGCAUAUUCUAUUGACUUUUUUAGGUUUGAAGAAAAAUUUGAUGAUCUUCUGUAAAUUUUAGAUUUUGACUACAAAAAAGUUGUCUAAUUGCCAGAUAAUAAAGAAACCUUGUAACAAGUUAUAAAAAAUUACUUCACAGAUUUAAAAAUGUAAAAACACUGAUAG